AUGGAUAUAAAUGACCUUCACCCGCCCGACGAUUACAGCCAUCGAUUCUUCAUCUGGCACGAAUGGAUACAGGCAAACGGACCUCUGAACGCGGAGAAUGUCUUCGAGUACUUCGCGACGUCCAUGUUCUAUGAUAAACAGAGCAACAAUCAGGUUCUACGUAUGCAAACGAUGCAUACCGGCGUGCCAAUCAAGGACGAAGCUGCUGAACUAAGGCGCUUCACUGGUGUCGAGUUCGCGGUCGUUCACGCCCAGCCUCCCACCUUCUUUGUCAUUCAGAAGCGAGAGCGGCUGUCUCCUGAUGAGGUGCGACCACUUGCUGCAUACUUCAUUAUGAACAAUCGCAUCUAUCAAUCCCCGGACGUGUAUACGGUCCUGUCAAACCGUCUGCUUACUUCUGUAGCUGCUCUUCAAUCGUCUCUCGAUAUUCUCUGCAAGCACCGGCCCGACUACACCCCUCGCACUGGCUUCAUCUGGCCGAUCACAGACCCAUCGAUGGCAGAUGACGCCAACAAGAAACGAGAAUCCGAAGCAGAAGCCAGCCUUACGGAUACGGAUGGCACGUCCGACAUGCCGCAAGAGAAAGUACCCAAGAAACAACAGAAUACAUUUUUGCUCAUGAACGCCAUGAAGACCACAGCUGCACACUCCAAGAUCGCCUUUUCUGCCCCCUCGUUCGCACAAGCGAACAUUGAAACGAUGGAGCCAGAUACACCCGUUACAACCACAAUGCGAUCGUCUGCAACUCCUGCUCCUAUUUCAACUCAAGAGACAGCGCCAAGAGGUUCCUCAUCGAACAUAACGCAAGAUCUUACCAAAGGUCCGAUUGGUGGAGGGAGGAAGAAGAAGAAACGGACUUCGUUGGCCCCACCUCCUGCACCAACUUGA